GGCCCGGGGAGCAGGAGCGCACCAUGGAGGCGGCGGCGGGCGGCCGCGGCGGCUUCCAGCCGCACCCGGGGCUGCAGAAGACGCUGGAGCAGUUCCACCUGAGCUCCAUGAGUUCGCUGGGCGGCCCGGCCGCCUUUUCGGCGCGCUGGGCGCAGGAGGCCUACAAGAAGGAGAGCGCCAAGGAGGCGGGCGCGGCCGCGGUGCCAGCUCCGGUGCCCGCGGCUGCGGAGCCGCCGCCCGUGCUGCACCUGCCUGCCAUCCAGCCACCGCCGCCCGUGCUGCCCGGGCCCUUUUUCAUGCCGUCCGACCGCUCCACCGAGCGCUGCGAGACCGUGCUGGAGGGGGAGACCAUCUCGUGCUUCGUGGUGGGCGGCGAGAAGCGCCUCUGCCUGCCGCAGAUCCUCAACUCGGUGCUGCGCGACUUCUCGCUUCAACAGAUCAACUCGGUCUGCGACGAGCUGCACAUCUACUGCUCGCGCUGCACGGCUGACCAGCUGGAGAUCCUCAAAGUCAUGGGCAUCCUGCCUUUCUCGGCGCCCUCGUGCGGGCUCAUCACCAAGACGGACGCCGAGCGCCUGUGCAACGCGCUGCUGUACGGCGGCGCCUAUCCGCCGCCCUGCAAGAAGGAGCUGGCCGCCAGCCUGGCGCUGGGCCUGGAGCUCAGCGAGCGCAGCGUGCGCGUGUAUCACGAGUGUUUCGGCAAGUGCAAGGGGCUGCUGGUGCCCGAGCUCUACAGCAGCCCGAGCGCCGCCUGCAUCCAGUGCCUCGACUGCCGUCUCAUGUACCCACCGCACAAGUUCGUGGUGCACUCGCACAAGGCCCUCGAGAACCGGACCUGCCACUGGGGCUUCGACUCGGCCAACUGGCGGGCCUACAUCCUUCUGAGCCAGGACUACACGGGCAAGGAGGAGCAGGCGCGCCUCGGCCGCUGCCUGGACGACGUGAAGGAGAAGUUCGACUACGGCAACAAGUACAAGCGGCGGGUGCCCCGGCGGGUCUCCUCCGAGCCCCCCGCCUCCAUAAGAAAAAUAGAUGAUGCCCCCUCCCAGCACCCCACGUCUUCUGAGAAGGACAAACAGUCCGGCUGGCUGCGGACCUUGGCCAGCUCCUCCAGCAAGGGCCUCGGCUGCGUGCAUCCUCGCCAGCGCCUCUCAGCCUUCCGACCCUGGUCCCCCGCGGUUUCUACGAGUGACAAAGAGCUCUCCCCGCACCUCCCGGCCCUGAUUCGAGACAGCUUUUACUCCUACAAGAGCUUCGAGACGGGUGUGGCCCCCAACGUGGCCCUGGCACCGCCUGCCCAGCAGAAGGUCGUGAGCAGCCCACCAUGUGCCACCAUUGUCUCCCGGGCCCCUGAGCCUCUCUCCACCUGCAUCCAGCCGAGGAAGCGGAAGCUGGCCGUGGACACCCCUGCAGCCCCAGAGACGCCGGUGCCCGUGGCCGCCCCUGAGGAUGACAAGGACUCGGAGGCCGAGGUGGAAGUAGAAAGCAGGGAGGAAUUCACCUCCUCCCUGUCCUCGCUCUCUUCUCCAUCCUUUACCUCAUCCAGCUCGGCCAAGGACCUGAGCUCCCCGGGCGUGCACGCCCCGCCCGCGGUCCCCGCCGGCCCCGAUGCCACAGCCCCUGCUGACACCCCAAGCGGCGGGCUGGAGGCGGAGCUGGAGCACCUGCGGCAGGCCCUGGAGGGCGGCCUGGACACCAAGGAAGCCAAAGAGAAGUUCCUGCACGAGGUGGUGAAGAUGCGCGUGAAGCAGGAGGAGAAGCUGAGCGCCGCGCUGCAGGCCAAGCGCAGCCUCCACCAGGAGCUGGAGUUUCUGCGUGUGGCCAAGAAGGAGAAGCUUCGGGAAGCCACGGAGGCAAAGCGCAACCUGAGGAAGGAGAUUGAGCGCCUGCGAGCGGAGAACGAGAAGAAGAUGAAAGAGGCUAAUGAGUCACGUCUCCGUCUGAAGCGGGAGCUGGAGCAGGCGCGGCAGGUCCGGGUGUGUGACAAAGGCUGCGAGGCUGGCCGCCUGCGCGCCAAGUACUCGGCCCAGAUCGAAGACCUGCAGGUGAAGCUGCAGCAUGCGGAGGCUGAUCGCGAGCAGCUGCGGGCCGACCUGCUGCGGGAGCGGGAGGCGCGGGAGCACCUGGAGAAGGUGGUCAAGGAGCUGCAGGAGCAGCUGUGGCCGCGGCCCCGCUCCGAGGCCGCGGGCAGUGAGAGCAUGGCCGAGCUGGAGCCCUAGCCCGACCCACUGUCUGCUGCCGAGGGGGCGCACGCUGCAGGGAGAGGGUGGGCGGGCACCAGCUGAGGGGCUCUGUGUGCCCGGGCGGGGCCUGCCCCUCUCCAGCCCACACAGCACAACGUCUUACUGUGCCUACAACCAAGCAAGUGUUUGGAACCACAUGCUUUUGGAAUCCACUGCAAAAUUUUCUACUGGCCAAGUUUAAGUGAGCAAGCUGAGUCCCCAGCUGCAGCCAGAGACAAGGCCAGCUCGGUGGCUGCGGCUGGCCCUUGGCUUGCUGGAACAUUCUAACAUUUACACUUUUGUUAUAAGCUAUUUAAAACCAAUAAGGAGACUUGAUAUUCAGAAAAUCAACACGUUUUUUAAUGACUAACUUUUAAAAGCCCCACCAACAGUGACGCCAUCUGAGGACCUGCCAAGGGAGCCAGGGUGGCAGCCAUCCUGCCCCUCGAAGCCAUCACAGCUCAUCUGCGCCCGCGGCUGCUUGAGGACAGGAAGGGUUUUUCUUCAGAGUCUAUUUUUUCAGCGACGAGGACCCAGGUCUCCUGUGCUGCUGCCAGGAGGAGCAAGGAGAGUGCCGCCCGCGCACCAUGAGCUGGAACACUGCCGCCUUACGCCUGCGCCUCCCGGCCUCGGUGCCAUUGCAGGUGUGUCCGGAAACGCUGCGCCUGAGGGGCGUCCUCUGUCCAUCUGGGAGAUGACAGAAGGCGGGUCCACGCUGCUGGGCGCACAAGCUGCCUGCCCACGGCGGCCCCUUCUCAGUUCAACAAACGUCGCUCCUUUCAUUCUGGGACUGAGGCUGCAGCAUUGGAACAAAACACAGCAUUAUUUCACUUUUUCUUUUUGUUUGUUUGUUCAUUUAAACGUAUAUUUAGAACUGCACUUUGUCAAAAAUCUUCCCUUCUCUUUUUAUUCCCGUUAACUGAGGUUUCUACUUUUCAAAUAUCGCAGACCGAUUUCUAGAGCAGUUCACAUCCUAAGUGCUCGAGUGUUCGGAAACCCCUCUGGUGCUUGGUUGAACAAGGGAAUCACAAGAAAACGAAAAUGCAAAAACUGAACUUCGGGGGGUAGUUCUGUGCCUUCCAGCAUCUUGUACAGCAAAUCCUGACUCAUCUUUUUACCCCCAAAAUAUCUGUCUUCAGUAGCGAUUGAAUCUGCCACUAUCAGAAUAAGUUACGUGCAUUUAUUCCAAAUAAUCUCGUUUACUCUCAACUGUUUAUGCAAAGUCUGUAAGGUUUCUUAUGCCCAAGCUUGAAAAAUGAUUUCCCAGUAGACAAGAGGCGGCUACCCAUCCUAAAAUUAUGGUAUCUAUUCAUAUAAGAAAGAUCUCACCGGAAUUCUUUGCUUGACUCGGUCCUAACACCACGGCAGCUGCGAGUGCAGACA